AAAACACGUAAAUGUAAUAAACUCGUCAAAGAGAGCUCUGCUUUUUUCUUCUAUUUCGAUCAGAUUCAGAUCCAGACAAUGAAUCAAGAUCUUGAAGAACCAAUGGCGGAGAUCAUGCCAAAUAUCAUAACAGCAAUGUCGUAUCUAUUGCAAAGGGUAUCAGAGACCAACGACCAUAUGAGCCACAAACAGAGGAUCUCAGGCUUCUAUGGAUUAACCAAACCUUCCAUUUCAAUCAGAAGCUAUCUCGAGAGGAUCUUCAAGUACGCAAACUGCAGCCACUCGUGUUACAUCGUCGCAUAUAUAUACUUGGAUCGGUUCGUCAAGAAGCAGCCAUUUUUGCUCAUCAAUUCCUUUAGUGUUCAUAGGUUUAUUAUCACAAGUAUCUUGGUCUCUGCUAAGUUCAUGGAUGACUUGUGUUACAACAAUGGAUAUUACGCUCAAGUUGGAGGAAUAAGCAAAGAAGAGAUGAACAUGCUUGAGCUUGAUUUCUUGUUCGGAAUAGGGUUUCAGUUAAACGUUACCGUUUCUACUUUCAAUAACUAUUGCUCUUUUCUACAGAGAGAGAUGGUUAUGUUGACAAAAAUGAAUUCACUGUUUGUCGAACCUUCUCCCUCUUUCAGAAGAUCUUUUGAAACCAAGCUUGUGAUGAAUACCCUAGAGGAAGACUCUUUAACUACUCAUCGCAACAAGAAACAACUCGCUGCUGCUUGAUUGUUAUAAAUGUAUAGUUUAUAUAUAUGCAUGUAGCAGAUAUAUCAAACAUGGAUUCAUAUCUUAUACAGACCAUUAACUGAUAAAUCUUAUGGUUUAUAUUUUUUCAUUGUGUAGCUAUAAGGGAUGUUCCACAGAAGAACCUAAAAUAUAC